AUGAAUCGCAUCCUGUUUCCCGAGCAAACAGAGAGCCAUGAAGUUACCACGCCACCAACAGUAGUCGGAGCAUCAGAGCAUGCCCAAAUCGCUGCACGCAUAUCUGGUUUCGUUGAGUCUCUCAAGACGUUAGACCUCGACUUCUCGGCCAUUCGUCAAAAGCUCACCAAACCAUUACGACCGAUUUGGGUGACGCCAACAUCGUCCCUUCCGGCUUCUCCUCCAGAGUUCUCCUCUUUCCAUCCCGUGAUUCUCCUCACAGCAUCUUCGCGCGUCUCUGGCUCAGAAUCAACGUCGGAGACCGGAUACGUUCAGGGCGCUGCAGACGACGCAGAAGCAUGGGCUCAAGGUCUGACCGCCCCUCUCUUCUGGCAAAAUAUCGAGACUCUGCUUUCAACACCCGAAGAUAUGAUCGAGGAAGUAAUUGUAGGUUUGGUGGCCCAAGUUGACGGCAACAAAGGGGCGCAGCUCACUGGCAUCGGACCUGGAAAGCGAGUUGCGAUUGGCACGAUAGAUGCAGCAGAGACCGACGCACUUGAAACAGAUAUCGUAAUUACGGUGUCGCCGAAAGAGAGCGAGGUGUUGCGAUCAAAGCUGAAAACACGAUACUUGCAUCUUACUCUUGCAGAUGGAAAAGUAGGGAGCCGGCAAUUGCGACACAGUCUACCCAAUCUCAUCGCCUCGGUCAAAGCACAACUUUCUGCAUCCCCAAUACCUCGUAUCGUGGUUGCAGAUGUUAACGGCAAAGAUCAAGGCGUGGGUGUCGCAUUGGCAAUCUUGUGCUUGUUCAUUACCGAUGAUGGAAACGUAUUAAGGCCAGGCGAGGAGGUCAAAGAACCGCCCAAUGGACUCAACAAGCAGACCAUCAAACAGAAACUCAGCUGGAUCUCGGUGGCUAAGCCGGAUGCCAAUCCCAGUCGGACAACACUGCAAAGUGUGAAUGCCUUUCUGCUUGGAUAG